UCUGACGGCUUUUGAACACGUGCUCCGCCGCCGAAGACUGAGGCAGAAAUUCAGCGAAGCCGCACGCCGCCGACCGCUGGAGCUGCUGCGGGAGUGUGGUGGGCGACCUGGACCAGCACACCAGAUAGCGGGGAGAUGGGAUGCGUAUGGCCAGGAUCUUCUCUAUCUCGCGGGAAGGUGUAGAUGCAGUAUGAGCGGCGGGGAGGCCCGAGCCGGCGACGCGGCGGCCGCUGCUCACAUGAGGCUGGUAUGGCUGGUGCCGGAGCCUCAAGAGGCGGCGCUGUCACAACAGAUGCAGUUCAUCCGAAACAUGGCACACCCGCGGCAUCAGGGAAGAGAGAGUGCGCUGAGUCACCAUCAGGUACACGACAUGACUCACGUGCUGCAGAUGGCACGGGACGCCCAGGCAACACAGCAACAACACCAACAGAAAGAACAGCAACAACAGCAGGAACAACAGAAGCAGCAAAAGCAGCAGCAACAGCAGAAACUGCAACAACACCAUAAGCAACAGCAAAUCAAGCAGCAGCAGCAGCAGCAGCAGCAGCAGCAGAAACAGCAGCAGCAGCGACAGCAGCAGCAGCGACAGCAACAGCAGCGACAGCAACAACAGCGACAGCAACAGCAGCGGCAACAGCAACUGCAGCAGCAGUUACAACAACAGCAACAACAACCGCAACAGCAGCAACAACAGCAAAAACAGCAACAACCGCAACAGCAGCAGCAGCAACAGGAAGUGCAACAGCAGCUGCGUCAGCAACAAGAGAUGAAUGACCCCGUGCCAGCACAACAGGGACAAGAUCAUGACGCAUCUCCAACGCAGCGGAAACAGCAGCAGCAACAGCAACAACAACAACAACAACAACAACAACAACAACAACAACAACAGCAGCAGCAGCACCACCACCACCAGCGUGACGCACCACAGGAGUCUCAUGACGUGCAUUAUCACAUCAUCUCAGCAGGACGCCGCUAUCCACAUGAAAGGCCUCCAGGAGCCGCGGGCCCCGGGGCGCCGCUGCCCCUUCCACUGGCCACACACCCACUACUCCACGUGGAUAAGUUCAAACCCUCGCACGGCCACCACUACCAGAAGGUCGUCACUGGCCAUACUCGUAACGCAGCGAGCCUCCUUCAGGUGUGUGGCAGCAACAGCGGAGGCAGGAAGGCUCGCUCCUCCUACACCGUCCAACAGCUGCAGAUUCUCAACCGCCGUUUUCUGAGGAGUAUGUACCUGGCGCAGCACGAACGCUCAGAGCUGGCCGCCAUGGUGGGGCUCUCUGAAACCCAGGUAAAGAUCUGGUUCCAAAACCGUCGAUCGAAGUACAAGAAGCACAUCCGGGCUGGCCAUCGUCGCUCCCACCACGGCAAGAGCUCCCCAUCGCAGGGCCCUCCGCGCGUGCACCGCAAGUUGAAAUCGCCCUCGCCGUCCGUUAGUAGUUCCGGGAGCGUGCUGACGAUGCGAGCCGUCCCUUACACGGUCCCGGCCCCAUCCUCUUACUACGAGUACCCGCUCCCGAUGACGGCCAUGUACGGCGGUGUGCCAUUCCCGCUGUCUCAGAUCAGUCCGCCAUUGCUGCUGAGCCAAGACUCCCGUCCAAUCCCCCCUGUUACCUCCGUGGAUUCCACGUCGCUGGCCGGCGCCCCCUCUGUCGCCACUGUUGCACCUUCUGUUUCUGACCUGACAGCACAGCACAGCUCCGCCACAUGUGUGCCCCAUUUAGGCCACAAAAAUUAUGUCUUGCAAACCUCAAGAAUGAUGCCCAACCCCCAGAGGUUUGAUCAUUAUGGCGCGGGGUUGGCAGCGUCCACCGCCAAUAGAAGUAUGGACUGUGAAUCUUUUGUUGACAAGACAGACACGACGAUAAAAACAGAUUAUGUGUCUGUAUCUCACAAUGCACAAGGUGUGGCUGCAGGCCAGAAUCCACCUGACACACAGGAGUCGCCUACUCAGGCUGACAGCCAACCAAACCAACAACUGGCGGAGUUGAAUCAAAGUAUGAAAAAGCGCAGCGAAGUAUGGAUCAGCAACGCAGCUUUAAAUCACUCGUACGUUCCCGAGCUGCCUCAGCCCUGGGCAUCGGGUGUGUGUCAGGCCGGCAACCAAGUGCUAGGCCGGGAGUCAUGUCUUGAUGUCAGGGAAAAGUUUAUCCCUAACCUGUACAGCAAAGCGUUUCAGCCCGCAUACAUUCCCUCAGGCACCUUCAUCUACGCGUCGCCUGGGGACAAGUUCCCCGCAAGCCAAACUUCAUCCGCCCUGGACACAACUACCGUCACCAAAGCCAAAAGUGACAACACUACCACUUCUUUCUCAUCCCCUUCUUCAGUGAAAUCCUCCCCUUUUCCUACUCCUCCCUUUCCUUCAACCACCUCCACGCCCAUCAGCCCCAACACCUCAGUCUCCACCACUCUAAUUAACCCCUUGACCCUCUUGGCGGAGACCGAGGAAUGUGACACGGACGGUUUCCCCGCCGUGGACGACACUGAUGAGUCUGAGCUUUCCGCCCUCGACUUAGUGAUGCUGAGUGACCACCAGCCCGCCAAGAUGGAGCGAGGAGGGGUCGAGUGGGAAUAGACUUUACUGAAUAUAACAUUACGAAAAGAAUGUUGUUGUUUUCUUAGUAUAUACAAACAUGGUAUAUUCGUAUAAUUUAUCAUUCCUCAAAGAUAUUCUUAUCUUUACCGUAAACUUGUGUUUGUUUCUUAAGUCGCUGUAAGUCUGAAAAAAUUAAAGCGUACGAAACUGGAAAUGUGAUAACACACACACACACACACACACACACACACACACAAUACGCAUAUAAUAAGAAAAAAUUGUUUUGUUUUACUUUUAAACAUCAAACAACCAUAUGCAUCUUUGUUCUCAGUAUUUUGUAUGUUCGAAUUCUGUAGUUAUAAACUACUUAGUUGUGAUUGUUAAUUUUAUACAUGUAGAAGAUUGUAAGUUACUGUUGCUGCCCAGUGGUGGGCAGGUGUGUGUAAAACAAGAAAAUCAAUAAAACUUUUCUUUCUAA